AUGAGUGUAGCAAACGGGAAAAGCUUCAGAAACGAGCCUCAGAAAACUGAUGUGGAUACUGAUUAUGAAGAGGUCAUAACAGUGAUAAAAAAGAGGGUUGGUGGUGGUUACAAGUAUAUCGAAGUUAAACGUGAAAAGCCGAUUAAGAGGCGGACAAAACGCUUGCUCAGGAACAACGAGUCAAAAACCAGCGGAGACGAAAUGGAAAAAGAGGACGGGCCAGAAAAAUUUACUGAUGAGGUGAUAAAUUGCGAGGACAGAAUACGGUUUGACGAAUAUCCUAUUCUUAAAUACAUCCAAGAAAAUGUCAUCGGCCACAAUCUGACUAUUCUGGGACCGUUUGGUGUAAAAAAGGUGAUCUACUGCGACUACACUGCUUCCGGGCGGUCACUGGCAUUUAUUGAGGACUACAUUCGGAACUUUGUUCAGCCUUUCUACGCCAACACUCACUCGGAGACAGGAAGAAACUCUAGACAGACUUCAAAAUUUCGUGAAGAAGCACGAUCCAUCAUCAAACGCUGCGUGAACGCCGACAAGGACGACGUUGUUAUAUUUACCGGAAGUGGAGCAACGGCCGCCAUCCACAAGCUAUGCUGGGGGCUUAAAAUAAACAUGCCAAGGGUGGCAGAGGAAACGGUUGUCUUCUCUGGACCCUAUGAACACCACUCUAACAUGCUGCUGUGGAAAGAAUUUGGGGCCACGGUUGUGCGUAUACGAGAUACGCAAGACGGUGUCAUCGAUAUUGAGCAUCUGGAAAAGGAACUCAAAUUCUGGAAGGAAAAAAAGCGACAAAUGCUGGUUUGCGUCUCUGCCGCCAGUAAUGUAACGGGCAUCAUAACGGAUACGGAGGAGGUCGCUAUUGUUGCCCAUCGCUACGGCGCCUUUGCUGCAUUUGACUAUGCUGGUGGAGGACCUUACCUCAAGAUAGACAUGAACCCAUCGAAACAAGGGUAUUAUUUGCUUGACCUAGAUCUUUCUAAAGACGCCGUAUUUAUAAGUCCCCACAAGUUUGUCGGCGGUCCUGGUACGCCAGGGAUUGUAGUGGCUAAGAAAUGGAUGUUCCGGAACACCGUUCCUGAGCGCGUGGGUGGCGGCACUGUAACAUAUGUAUCCAGGGAUUUUCACAUGUACACACAUGACAUUGAGGGACGAGAAGAGGGCGGAACUCCGGCAAUCAUCGAGUCCAUCAGGACAGGUCUCGUCUUCCAACUCAAAGAGGCUGUUGGGGAAGAUGUCAUUCUCAAACGGGAUCAGGACCUUUGCUGCCGAGCGUUUGGGGUGUGGGAAAGGAAUCCAAAUUUGAAAAUCCUUGGGAACCACCGCGUAGAGAGGAUCACAAUAUUCUCAUUUAUCGUGAUUCACGAGGGUACCAACAAGUUCAUCCACUACAAUUUUGUGUCCACCCUCCUCAAUGACCUGUUUGGCAUCCAGUCCCGGGGAGGUUGCGUGUGCGCCGGUCCUUACGGUCACGACUUACUUGGCAUCACAGAGACGAUGGCGAAACGCCUGAAGUGGUUCACGCACACCCAACCAGGGUAGGUGACACCAUUGAA